UUCAGAACGCACCAACGAAAGACAUUUGGUUUUACGCAUGCGCGGCUUUCAAUGGAAGGUCAACUUGAAAUGAAUUAUUCAUAAGUUGUGACCUACCGCUGUAUUUGUACGUUUCCGAACGGAACAAAGGGUAAAAAAAGGUACUGAAUAUUCAUAUUUGGAGAUAAUUUUGACCAAUAAACAACUCUUUAAACCUUACUCUUGUAAUAAUAAUGACUCACCCCCUUGUUAUCCGACCCCUGACCGCGGGAAAGCCCUCAUUUUGUUGACAGAUGUCGUCUGCCUGCGCAACGUAAAUCCGACUUUAUACGGUGAGUUUGGGGGGCGUUUAUGAACGAAAUUGAAUUCAUUUGAUAAAAGAAACAUAUUUUUUGUAGAGAAAAAACACAUUUCUGUUAAAUUAUUAUAUUUUCAUGACUGCAAACCCCCUGGAUUGAUCAAAAUCAGCGGGAUUUCCCUGACGUUUUGUUGACUUCUGCGGCUGUUCCGCGGUGCACAUAGUGCGUGUUACAUGUACAUUUACACAUUGUACACGAUAGUUCGCAGUGUUUUGUGCAUGCACACCACAAGAACGGUCGCUGAUGAUCGGAUAUUGUAUCCAAUUGUUCAUUUUGUUAGUGGGCUUGGUCAAAACAAAAGUCCCCCAAUAUGCAAUUUUGAAUACAUUCUUUUGAAUUUUCAAUAUAUUAUUAAAAAAUAAAACGAUGAUAAAACUAUUCUAUUUUUUUAGGUUAAUUUAAGAAGGAUUCUAUGUUUUAUUCAAAAUACAAUGUUUACAAUUUGUUUACUUCUUAAUCUCUUGUCUUAAUAAUGGAACGGUGUUACUUAGCUUGAUUAAUUAAGUGAUAAACAAUUCACAAUUAUGAUUUCCACAACACUUACCCCCAUACUCUAACAUCAGUAUUUAUCAAAUAUAAUUAUUUUUUUAAUUUAACUUCUUUGAUAAACAACAAACCAUUUUUUUUAUUGGAAAUUAUAUUAAUAUUAUUUUACUUUGAUUAAUUGAUUUUCACACCUGUACAUUUUCUUAUGUACACAACAAAUCCCCAAAAGGAAAUUAAAACAACUAACAAUAUAACUGCUUUCAAAUUUUACAUUUUAUAGGUAUAGAAUAAUAUGAGUGCCCAGCAUGAACAUACAAGAAAUCUAGAGAAAUUAUGCAGAGUGUGUGGCAAUGCUAUCCGAAAAUGGAAAAACAAAAGCAAAAAAAAUAAAAGAUGCAGUGCUUACUCAGAAAAGAUACAAGUAAAAUAUGGAAUUAAUAUCCAAGCUGAUGAACAUCAUCGCCAUCCCUCACAAAUCUGUCACCUUUGCUACUCAAAUUUGUUCCUUCCAAAACCCCAUCACCCCCCCAAUGAGUGGCCUCCCCAUCCUGAAAGAGGAACUUGCACUGUGUGUGCUAAAGUUGAUGAAGUGAAAACUGGACGGCCUGCAGCCAAGUAUGCCAGACUGGAACGACUCGAUACAGAUGAGGCAACAGCCAAAGAAGUAGUUUCUCAGCACUUCAACACUUUGGCUGAGACAACCACAAUAUUUGUUCGUGACAACUUCACAACAGAUGAGUCAUCGAUAUGUUGUCAAAUUUGCAGCCAAAUAUUGAACAGACCGGUUGAAACACAGUGCCAUCACAUUUUCUGUUUGGACUGCUUACAAGUAGUGUUUAACCGGUCAUCAUCGUCAUCAGUACUUUGUCCAAGCUGUCACAAACAUACAAGUCUGAAGGACACCAGCCCUGUCCGAGAAUAUUUUUUAAAUAUUCUCGGAAAUGCAAAAGUCACCUGCAGAACCUGCAACCGAAGCAGUUGGCUAAAUAGUACAUCUAGCCAUGAUUGUAAGGACCCUCUGACAUCACAACAUAUAGAUGAACACAUAUUCAGAGACCUCAUCAAGAGAAAUAUGUCUGCGUCUGGAAAGUUGGGUCAACAGGUGACAUCAACUUUGUUGAAACAACAAAUACAAAGUGAUGGAGGAACAGUUAGGCUUUCUACAGGUGGAAAGGCAAUGUAUGUUCAACGCAUAACUCAUCCGAGAAAGUCGAGCGAUGACGUUUCAAAACGAACACUCUUUCGGCGAACAAAACUUGUGAAAGAUAAACUCCAAGAAGUCAGUGGGAACAAGGCUACGGAACAACUAAGCCACAUGCUCAGAACAGCUACAAGGCACGAUCUUCAGCAUCUGUUAAAGAAGAUCAAAUUCACCACAUAUAUUCCACCUCUAGAGGAACUGGCUCUAAAAUCUGACAUAAGUCUGUCAUGGGCUGCCCUUCGUGAACUCAAGCUGUGGUUGAGACAGUACAAUAUUAUUAUGGCCAACGAACAGACAACCCGAAAAGUCAGCCAAAUGUCUGUUGGACAAGACAUCUUGGAGGGAGAGAGACUGCCCUUUGUUGCCAAUGAUCACGGAAGCCUUGUCAGCAAGCCCGCUCCCUGUGUCUUCAUUACAGACUUGAAGAAAUACGUCUUGGGUCUGUUGGAUGAUUAUGAAAGAUGUGGAAAGUUGCAAUGGACGGAAGGGAUGCCAAAAGAGGAGAUCUGGUUGAAGCUAGGAGGGGAUAAGGGGGGCGGGAGUUUCAAGAUGAUGCUAGAAGUCGCCAACAUAGCCAACCCUAACUCACGCCGUGACACAAGUGUCAUUUGUGUCUACGAAUCAUCGGACACUGCCCCAAAUCUUCAUAUCGCACUUGAAAAGUACAAAGAACAAGUGGAGUCAAUAUCUAAUACAUCAUGGAGGGGAAAGAAGCUCGUUGUGUUCCUCUUUGGAGAUUACGAGUUUUUAUGCAGGAUGUACGGUUUAUCAGGACCAAGUGGUAAGUAAAAUCCAA